UGCUCAGCCACCCCUCCCCCUCUUCCUCCUGCUGAGUUUCGUGAGAAAACGAUCCAUUUAAAAACCGUCUGCCUAAAACCGAACGUCGACCAAGUCUACGGUUCUGGAGAUGUGAUGGAUUCUAACGGGUUGUUCCCGGAAAAGCAGGUUUAAAUGCAUAAUCAAGGGAGACAAGAGACGGGAUAAACAAGAGGUAGCGUUAGCAGGCGGGCGAGAGCAAUUGCAGAAGACAAAGGUAACUGUGCUACGAACUAUGUGAUGAAUUAACAGUCGAGAAGAACAGUUGGGAGUGUGCAGGAGGCAGAGUUUGAAAAAAGCUCCAGAGAUUGUCUUUUGAAAUAUGAACAGAGCGACAUGCUUUUUUUGUCUCCAUCUCUUGAGCUCCGGGUGGUCGGGAAGCAUAACAACCCUAACAUGACGAUGCCCUGAAAUGGUAAUGACAGUCAGUCAUUAUGAGAAGCUAAACUGUAACCGUUAGAGACAUAUCUGCUCUUCAUGGAUAUACAGGGAGAAAGGAGAGAUUCGGUUAAAAACACAUCAGGAAAAAUGAUGGUUUGAGAGGCUAUAGCUUAGAUGUUUGAAGGGACAUGUAUUCGAUUCUUUGCGUUCAAGUCGAAAAUCGAACUCAAGCCACGAACGCUGGCACUCUGAAAUCUAUAACGAAAUGCACAAGCCACUGCAGAGAUUGAGUGGCUUUUCCCACAUUUUUUUCUUGCUAAGUGUGUAUACUUGAAGACUAUAGGCUAGAUGUUGAUGAAAGAGACUGACAUAGAUCUACUUAUGAUAUAGUUUCAACGAAAGCACAUAGCGGUCUAUAGGCUACUUUCAGCACCUCGGACAGCGACCAAAAUGACACGGCUGCGCAAGAAAGCUUUCAUUGCACUUUUCUUAUUCACUCUCUUCAUCUUCGGGACCAUGAUGGGCCUCAGAACACUGAAACCCAGCGAUGGCUUCUCAGACCUUGCCCCGGGGAUGGGAGAGUUUGUGAGGGAAAGAGGAGGCGACCACCGACGGCCAGUCUCAAACGACAUGGUAGUUUCCCCUGGUCAGUCCUAUCUAGCCAGCGACACCAAAGUCGUCUUCACAAAAUCCGACCGUGACUACAGUAUAUUCUACGACGUACAAAUAUUCUAUUACCUGUGGUAUGGCACCCCACAGAUGGACGGUAAAUAUAUUCACUGGGACCAUGUUCUAGUGCCGCACUGGGACCCUAAGAUCGCCCCCAGCCACGCCAAAGGAAGACAUACUCCUCCAGAGGACAUUGCGUCGAGUUUCUUCCCGGAGCUAGGACCAUACAGUUCUAGAGACCCCUCCGUGCUGGAGUCACAUAUGUCGCAAAUUGAAGCGGCUGCAGCAGGUGUACUGGUUCUGUCCUGGUAUCCACCUGGCAUUGCAGACAACCAUGGUGAGCCAUGUGAAGACCUGGUGCCUGCUGUCAUGGACGCUGCCCACAGACACAGCAUCAAGGUGGCGUUCCACAUCCAGCCGUACAAGGGUCGGACCGACCUCAGCAUGCAUGAUAACAUCAAAUACAUAAUUGACAAGUACGGGAACCACGGCGCCUUCUACCGCUUCAGGUUGACUACAGGGCGGAUCCUUCCUCUGUUCUAUGUCUACGACUCCUACCUGACCUCGCCUGAAGCCUGGGCCGACCUGCUCCACCCCGCCGGCGCCCACACCCUCCGUGGCACGCCCUACGAUGGUGUCUUCCUCGCCCUGGUCGUAGAGGAACGCCACAAACACGAAAUCCUGGCCGGUGGCUUCGACGGCAUGUAUACGUACUUCGCUUCCAACGGCUUCUCCUUCGGCUCCUCUCACCAGAACUGGAAGGCAGUUAAGGCCUUCUGUGAUGGUAACAACCUGCUGUUUGUGCCCAGCGCCGGGCCAGGAUACGUCGACACCGCAGUGAGGCCAUGGAACAACCACAAUACGAGGAACAGGGUCAACGGACGCUAUUACGAGACUAGCCUGGAGGCGGCGUUGUCUGUGCGGCCGGAGAUUGUGACCAUCACGUCAUUCAACGAGUGGCACGAGGGGACACAGAUUGAGAAGGCGGUGCCUAGGAAGACGGUGUCGCGGCUGUAUCUCGACUACCAGCCCCACCGGUCAGAUCUGUACCUGGAACUCACCAGGAAGUGGGCCGAACACUUCAACAAGGAGAAAGACAAGUGGCUCAUGUAGUGGACAGGACUCCUGACUGGACUGGGUUCGUUGGGAAUAAUGCCUUUUGGGUGUGACUGGAGCAAGUAAAAAUGAGGAGCUUUUCACACUACCAAGCUGCAUUGAGCGGGCCUGGUUAGUGGUUACACGUCCUCUAUAGUUGCUGGAACCAUGUUGAAAAGAAAAAUAGCACAGCCAGGACAGUUUGAUUUGGGUCAGCAUGAUAGUUUGAAAAGGGUAGCAGUGGCCUCACUGCUGGGUAUUCUGGGUCGAUAGGAACUCCUCUAUGGAUUUAUUUAGACAGUGAAGCUAAAACUUGCAAAUUUGGCCAUAUUCUCCAGCAUUUUGGAUUUGAGAUAAAAUAUUUCAUAUUAGGCGAUAAUACAGAAUGUCACCUUUUAUUUGAGGGUAUUUUCAUACAUGUUUUACUGUUUAGAAAUGAAAUACAUUAAGGUAUCUAGUCAACCCAUUUGAAUACCUUAUUUUUUCAUAAGUAUUUGGACAAAUUCACUUAUAGCGUAUUAAAGUAGUCAAAAGUGUAGCAUUUGGUCCCAUAUUCCUAGCACACAAUGACUACAUCAAGCUUAUGACUCUACAAACUUGUUGGAUGUAUUUGCAGUUUGCGUUGGUUGUUUAUCGGAUUAUGUUUUUCCCAAUAGGAACUAAAUGGUCAUUAUAAAAUGGAUGGUUUGAGCCCUGAAUGCUGAUUGGUAGACAGCCGUGGUUUAUCAGAUUGUAUACCACGUGUAUGACAAAACGUUUAUUUUUACUGCUCUAAUUAAGUUGGUAACCAGUUUAUAAUAGCAAUAAAGUAUCUUGGGGUUUGUGGUAUAUGGCCAAUAUACCACGGCUAAGGGUUGUAUCCAGACACUCUGUGUUGCGUCAUUCAUAAGAACAGCCCUUAGCUGUGGUAUAUUGACCAUAUACCACACCCCCUCGUGCCUUAUUGCUUAAAUAAUGUACUGGAGUCACUUUUAUUGCUUCAUUGUCCAAAUAAAUACAAAGGGGAGUGUAUGCCUUUGACUGGAACAAAUGGGACUGAGACUGCUCACACCAUUGACUUAAGCCAGGUGGAAUUGUUGCAAUCAGAGGGCAAGAUGGUAACAUUCCAGAGGACUUUUCAUCACGAUACCUGGUUUCUUUUUGAACAACAAAGUUUAAUCGGUUGGUUACCUCGACUUAUGUAGGUGGCAAGAAACUGUCUGUUUUGAGUGCCUUAAGUCUAUUCCUUUCAAAUUAGUUACGUGAUGAUGAUUGCCACAGUAAUGAUAGAGCCAUUGGGAUCAUGUAGUGUGGGUGAAUUCUGUUGUGAUGAUAGAGCCAUUGGGGUUGUGUAGUGUGGGUGAAUUCUGUUGUGAUGAUAGAGCCAUUGGGGUUGUGUAGUGUGGGUGAAUUCUGUUGUGAUGAUAGAGCCAUUGGG